AUGGGAUUAUGGAACAAUGCUCCUCCUGAGCCUCGCACGCGACGUGGAAACUGGCCGACGCUCCUGUUCAGCUGGUGGUGUACUGCCUUUGCUGCUGUCAUCAUCCUCACACGCCUGGCUGGGAGGAAGAUUCGAAGUGGACGUCUGUUCCAAGAGGACAAGGUCAUGGCCCUGAGUCUGAUCCCGCUGCUCGCGCGCAUGGGUCUGGUCCAUGUCAUCCUCAUGUACGGCACCAACAAUGUCCAGUCUGCUCACCUUACCCCUUACGAGAUAUACCUCCGUCAGAUAGGCUCCAAACUGGUCCUCGCGUCUCGCAUCAACUACGCUCUUUUCAUCUGGAUCAGCAAAUUCACCGUCUCCGAGUUUCUGAAGCGCAUCACGAGUGCCAUUUGGAGACGCAGCUACGAGAUUGUUCUGCAUUGUAUACGCGUCUUCCUGGUCGCAACCUUUUUCGCCGUAGUAAUAGCCACUCUUUCCGAAUGCCAACCCUUCAAUCAUUACUGGCAGGUCGUGCCAGACCCUGGCCCUCAAUGCAGACAGGGCUACGCACAGCUCAUUACCAUGGGUACUGCCGACAUCAUUACCGACAUUCUUCUGGUUGGCUUCCCCAUCCCUAUCGUCCUACGCUCGCAGAUCCCUCUGAAGCGCAAACUCUCGCUCGUCUGCCUCUUCAGUUUCUCUGUCGCCCUUAUAGUCAUCACAGGCUUGCGCAUGCCUAAUGUCAUCAAACAUCAUGGACGCCAACAAUACCGCACUGUUUGGGCAUCCGUCGAGAUCCUUGCUUCUGCCGCCGUCUCCAACGCCAUCAUUCUGGGCACUUUUGUCAAAGAUCGAGGAGUCAAGAGGAACAAAUACAGACCCGACGCCACUUUGGACACCAUCUCUCGCGCCGACACCCGUCGUGCCACCAUCGAGUCUAUCCAUCGCGACAGCGAGGAAGCUCUGUUCAGACAGAUGGGUGUUCGCAUGCCCGAAGAGCUCUGUGAGCCCAAGUCUCCUCUACCCAGACCCGCGCCAGUUGCCCGCAUCUCGUCAAAUCUAAAAGCACCUCGUCACCAUGAUCUGCUCAUGUCGCCUGCCGACAUCAGUGACGGUCCGCCCAGCCCACACGACAGUGCUGAUGCUCUACGUAAACCCUCGGACACCGCNCCCUCGACUGCUACAGGCCAAAGCGUUUCGUUCUUCGAUGUGGGUGGUCUGCUCGGCGGUAGCGAACCCCGAAACGGCUCUUCCGGCACUACGACUCAGGACUUUGCGAUUCAGGGCCCUCGCACACCACUAGAUUCUAGACCAACUCACGACAUACUUUCGGAUCUUGGUGGAAGGCUAUCCUUGACAAGAAGCCGAUCACAACGAGCUUCUGGAAAUUCAGAGCGAUCGCGAUCGCGUCCGGCACAAAGCAGAGAUGGCACCACGACUCCAAGACCAGGUUCGCGAUCACAAAGACAGCGUGAGGAUAGUAACACUCUGAGUCUGCAAGACAUUGGCGGUCUGCUUGGAGGUAGUCUGCCCACCCAAAGCAGGCCCACGCAGCAGGAACCAAUAUCGCCUACCACGCGAGCACCUGCAUCAAGCAUAACCCCGGAUUCUCAAGCGCCCACAAUAGCAGCGCCUACGAUUGCUCGGCAGUUGCCCGCAAGCGAUGAUCUAGACUUGCAAGAUGUAGGCGGCUUGUUGAAGUAG